AUGAAGUCUGGCGUCUCUCCCUUUGUGAACUGUGGCCACACAAAGGCACCUCUCCUUCCUCCUGGACUCUGGACUAAAGCUGCAAACGUCUCUUGUCGACUCCCAGAUGGUUUUGACUUCUCAAGUGAAGCAGAGUUGAGCCUCAUCGUCCAUCCUCCGACUAGUGAGCACCAGGCGGAGCGGAGGCGCCGGGCCCCCAGCCAACACAGCAGCAGCAGCAGCAUCAUUCCCCCCAUCACACUCGAGGGUAGGGUUCCCUCCGGCUGCACCGAGGGCCCUCCAAGCAGCCAUGCUCCUCUUGUUCGGCCCCCGGGGGACGGCUUAACAUGUGACUGCUGCUGCUUCUGCCCACUCAGCUGUAACCAGGGUUCCCACAAACACUGA